AUGCCACCAAAGCCAGCAACAGGCAAAAAGGGACUCGAGAAGGAGAAGAAACAAAAGAUCGAGGAUAAGACCUUUGGUCUGAAGAAUAAGAACAAGAGUAAGAAGGUUGCACAAUUCGUCAAGAAUGUCGAGCAACAAGUCAGCAACAAUGUCAACUUGAAGAAGGUUAAUCACAAGGCUGAAUUGGCAAAGAAGGAUAAGGAACUUGCUGAGAAGGCAAAGAAGGAGUUGGCAGAUAUUCUUAGACCAUCGAUUGUUCAACCAAAGGUACCAUUGGGAGUCGACCCCAAGUCCAUUGUUUGCGAGUUCUUCAAGCAGGGCGCGCAAUGCGCCAAGGGCAGCAAGUGCAAGUUUGCUCACGAUCUCGCCGUGGCCAGAAGAGACACCAAGCUCGAUAUCUACACCGACCGUCGUGGCGACGAGAAGGUCGAGAAGAAGGCCGACAACAUGGAGACGUGGGACGACGACAAGCUCAAGAAGGUCAUUGACAACAAGCGUACAACAGAGAACAAGAACCUAAAGACGGCGAUCGUGUGCAAGUUCUUCCUGGAGGCCAUCGAGGACCGCAAGUACGGCUGGUUCUGGGAGUGUCCCAACGGCGGUGACAAGUGCAUGUACCAGCAUUGUCUGCCCCCCGGAUACGUGCUCCAGAAGAAGAAGACAAAGAAGGAGGAGGAGGAGGAGGAGGAGGAGAUCCCCCUGGAGGAGAUCAUCGAGAUGGAGCGCGCCAAGCUCACCAACACAACGCCCGUGACGCUCGAGACGUUCACCAAGUGGAAGAAGGACAAGCUUGAGCAGAAGGCCAAGAUGGCGCGUGAGGCCGAGGAGAAGAGAACGGCAGAUAUCAAGGCUGGAAAGACAUCGAUGAGUGGAAGAGAGAUGUUUGUAUAUAAUCCAGAUCUGUUUAUCGACGACGACCUGGCCAUCGAUGUGCAGUCGAGCGAAUUUGCCGUGGACGACAGCGAGCCCUUGGCCAACAACAUCGACAAGAGUUUAUUUAUUGGCGGAGACGAAGACCUUCCAGAUAUUUCCGAUGAUGACGAAGAUGAUGAAGACGAUGAUGAUGAGGAUGAUGACGAGGAGGACGACGAGGAGGAGGAAGAGGAUGAUGAAUAA